AUGCCAACAGAUCCUGUGAAUGUUGAUGAUUCCGGUAUAAAAAAUCGUGAUUCUUUUCAUCAAUGGGCUCCACAACAUUCUUUAAGUGGGGAGGGUCAUAAUCUAUCAAAAUCGAUGUCAUUACAUCUCCAUUCGACUUCUCGAAGAAUUUUUGUUGGCCCGAUUCCAGCAAAUUGGAAUUAUAAAAAAAAGUCAAUAUGGUUCUCUAAAAGUGAAAAGGCCGUACAUCACGGUACAAGAAGGAGAAAAACCUUUAGAGCUGCCUCUGAUGUUGUUGGGCCAAAUAAUAUUUCUUCUCUCGAUUAUAAUAUUCCUGAUGAUCAAUGUGAAAGGCCAAAUAUGAUAACAGAUGCUCCUUUCCUUGUUGAAGAACCAGAAGAGUUAGAAAUUAUAGGUUCAGAUAUGGACCGUACACCAAUGAGUAGAGAGGUCUUUUAUACUCCAUCCGAGGAUAUAAAAAUAUUUCCUGUUACACCACCACACAAUCCUCGCUUGCUUAGUUCAAAAGAAUAUCAAUCUCGGACAUUACAAUUACAUUUACAGCCAACUAUUAUUAACUCUUCUCUUGAAGAGAAUGACAAUCAACAUGAUGAUGCUUCAAUAUCAUCAAUAAAUUUGUCAGAUUCUCCUAUUGAUCAUGAUGAAAUUAAUGUUAAUGAUCCGAAUUCUGAUACAAGCAAUGCUAAUUUAAAUGCUGAAUCUUUUAAUAAUCCCGCUUAUGUAUCAGGAUCUGUCAUCAAGGAAGAUUGUAUAUUGAUUAAGGUCGAACGUGUAUAUCAUUCAGGUGUUCCAAGAAUGUAUAAUGAUUCCACUUCAAGGAAAUAUCUCACUCAUUCCCUAGGAUGGAGAGAGUAUCUUAAGAAACCUGUUGACACAAUUGUUUUUUCUUCUUCAACUCGACUAUCUCUCUAUUCACCAGUUGAUUAUACAAUAGCUUUAUCUACUCCAAGUGAUUAUGGAAUGAAAGUAUUUAUAUUUCGACCAAAAACUUAUUCCCUAAGUGUCGGAUGGUAUCGCGCUUUGUAUCAUUUGCUUAUGGAACCGUCCGUGAAACCAGUUCCUUCUGUUUGUGAGGUAGUUGUACCUGAUCUGGAUGUUCGAGUACAAAUUCCAUUAGAAGAUAGAAGGCAAGCAUUUAAAAUCACUGCUGAAGAAAUAACUAAAACUGUUUUGGAUGAAUUAAGUGGUAUAAAUGAAUGGGAAGAUGUAUUGAAUGAAUGGUUACAAAAUUGUGAUAUGAGAUUAUGUUGGAAAAGGUAUGAUCGGAUAGAGUGGAUUAUUUGGGAAACAAAUGAAGGUGAAAGAGAUAGGUGUGAUUUAUUAGCGUGUCCUCAAUUCAUUGAAGGGACUCAUCAACUACAAUUGCGGUGCACAGAACAUUAUCCAACAUCCGUAACGUUACCCGAUGAAACAAAGUUACAGGAACCACCGUCAGUUGAAGGAUACCUCAUUAGAGUUACAAAUGAAAAAGGUCGUAAAAACAGAUCAAAACGUCUAUAUUUUUCGUCACAUGAUUACUAUUUAUUUUUUAUGAAACCCAAACGACCAUUAAUAUAUGCUGUUUCCCCACACGUUCAAGAACCAGAACACGCCGCUGCUUUUAUUAAGGCGGAUAAUAAAAGGCGUGUUAAGCAAAUUAUAAAUGCAUAUGGAUUUAUUAAUUUGAUUGAUGUUAAAGAAGUAAGAUCAUUAAUGGACGAUGAUAAUGAAAAUGAUUGUGAAAAUGAUCAUAUAGAAGAUCAAUCUCAAGAACGUGAACUCGAAAAAAAAGGAUGUCCUUUUGAAGUGGUCAUGAUAAAUGGAAUGACUAUUGUUUUAGAGGCAUAUUCCAAAACAACUAUGAAACAAUGGGUAAAAUGUCUCAAUGAGCUUGUCAAAUACUGGAAAGCUCGACUUGCGGAUGACGUAAAAAUUCGAAUUAGUAUGUUUAAAAUAAAUCAGUUUAAUGAUUAUGAUGAUGGUAGCGCAUUUAUAGGUGAUGGUUUUCAUGGAGAUUGGGAUAAUUUUCGAUCAUAUGCAAGUCCUACAAUUUGGCACUGGUGUAUUUUAAAUGGAUGUCGAGGUAUUACGAAAUCUGGAUUACUAUAUCAAAAAGUUCAUUACUAUGGAAAUUUUAAUAAUUACUAUCAUGUCUUAACAAGAGGUUACCUAAUAUUUUACCGUCUUUAUUCUUGGUCGAUGAUUGGAAGAAAAGCUCACCGAAGUUAUCAUAGGCGGAAAGGCAUUAUCAAUCUAUUAGAUUGUUAUGUAUACUCGGGUCAUAUAACCGAUCAUGAUUUGCCCUAUUCUAGCACUCCACAUCGCGUGGGCAAUGAGAUGUACAAUUUUCCCAGAAUAUACAGUGAUGGAAUGUGUUGUUUUGAUGAAAAGGAUGAAUGUACAUUUGUUAUUUGGCAAGGUAAUAAACAUCAUGUAAUCGAAAGAUCUGGAGUUAUUGGUGUAGAAUUUCGAAAAAAGGCAAAGUUAGAUUCUAAUGGUAAAGUUUGGAUAUUUCGAGCUAGGAAUAAGAGUGAAAGAGAAGAAUGGGUUUGGGCGUUAAAUGUUGAAAUUGAAAGGUGCUUGAUGGAACAUCAUAGGACUAUU